AUGGCUACCGACGUCGCACUCGAGACGACUAUGGGCACCGUCAUCGUCGAGCUCUACAACGAGCACGCGCCCAAGACGUGCAAGAACUUUGCGACGCUCGCCCAGCGCAACUACUUCAACGACCUGGUCUUCCACCGCGUCAUCCCCAACUUCAUGAUCCAGGGCGGCGAUCCCACGGGCACGGGCCGCGGCGGCGAGUCCAUCUACGGCGAGAAGUUCGAAGACGAGAUAUCCCCCGCGCUGAAGCACACGGGCGCCGGCAUCCUCAGCAUGGCCAAUUCCGGCCCGAAUACCAAUGGCUCGCAGUUCUUCAUCACGCUCGCGCCGACGCCGUGGCUGGACGGCAAGCACACCAUCUUUGGGCGCGUCAAGAGCGGGAUGCAGAUUGUGAAGAAGCUGGGCAUGGUCAAGACGGACAAGGAGGAUCGGCCUGUGGAGGACAUCAAGAUCGAGAGGGCGCGCAUUGUCGAGAAUGGAGGGUUUGUUUAG